CACGUAUGCUCGUAUAAAUUUGAGGAAUCCACUCGCGUCCUUUCAGUCCGUGCAGAAAGCUUCGCGUCUUUUCAUCCCGGAAGAACCUGAAUCUACAUCGACGAGAAAAUGUCGAUCUGGCGCCGAUUUGCCGUCUUUGCGACAGUUUGCAUCGCCCUAGCCAAUAGCAGUCCCAAAUACGAUAUGGGAGGGUUCAUCCCGAGUACCGGCGAAUACUUGCAAAAAUCGAGCAAAGCGCAAGAUCAGCUCGCAAUGGCAACGGAAACACGAAACGCCGAGGAGGCGCAAUUAGCGACGAAACGAAAUUCCGCCGAGACGAACGACAUUUCCGACCGAAAUCAAGAGCCCCGAUUUGGAUUCACGAACGUCGGUGGAACCGGCUCGGGGUACGGAGUAUCUACUUACGCGCCCACGAAGAUAGACCUGGGAGGCGUAUUACUCGGCGCUAUUAUUGGAAUUGGAUCUAUACUUGUCAUCCCAAAACUGCUCUACAUACUUUCCGGCUCUUAUGGAGCUUAUGCAAGAAGCGACGAGGGCGGAUUGACUCAAGCCAUGACCAGACUGGAUGAUGUAUUGGCAAGAAAUGGAAUUGACACGACAUCUUGCAUGCAACGAGCUGUAUGCACCUACGCCCAGGAUGCCGCCCUGAGUACUCGAGAAAGCGACGACCUCGAAGGUGAAGAGGUCUCGUCUUUUGACAAAAUGGUGAACGCGAUCACGACGAAUCAAGUUUUCAAGACCGCUAUGCAAGGCACCGCCAUCCAGGAAGCCGUGGAAGCAGGUCGAGGGGGACAAAAAUGCUCGAAAGUUUACCCCCAUUGUGGAUUUUCUCUAGAGAGCACUUUGUCUCUUCUCGCAACUUUGGCGACAUCCUUUUCAGCGCCCUCAAGGAUCUCCUCGCCAGCCGCAUCUUAGAACAGUUCCUUGUAAUUCCGCCGACAACUUUAAACAGAAAUAAUUUAAAACGUCGGUGGAGAAGAUAUUUACACUACGAUGCGUCGAAUAGGGAAUACGAACUUUCGUAUACCUUGACUUGUACUGAAUAAAGUACUAAUUAUUGUAAUUGUUA